CCGAGACAUGGCGACCAAUGGCAGCAAGGUGGCUGAUGGGCAGAUCUCCACGGAGGUCAGCGAGGCCCCUGUGGCCAAUGACAAGCCCAAAACUCUGGUGGUUAAGGUGCAGAAGAAGGCGGCGGACCUUCCGGACCGGGACACAUGGAAGGGCCGCUUUGACUUCCUCAUGUCCUGUGUGGGCUACGCCAUUGGCCUGGGCAACGUCUGGAGAUUCCCCUAUCUCUGCGGCAAAAAUGGUGGCGGGGCCUUCCUGAUCCCCUACUUCCUGACACUCAUCUUUGCGGGGGUCCCACUCUUCCUGCUGGAGUGCUCCCUGGGCCAGUACACGUCCAUCGGGGGCCUGGGGGUGUGGAAGCUGGCCCCCAUGUUCAAGGGUGUGGGCCUUGCUGCUGCUGUGCUGUCAUUCUGGCUGAACAUCUACUACAUCGUUAUCAUCUCCUGGGCCAUCUACUACCUGUACAAUUCCUUCACCACAACGCUGCCGUGGAAACAGUGUGACAACCCCUGGAACACGGACCGCUGCUUCUCCAACUACAGCAUCGUCAACACCACCAACAUGACCAGCGCCGUGGUCGAGUUCUGGGAGCGGAACAUGCAUCAAAUGACAGAUGGGCUGGAUAAGCCAGGACAGAUCCGCUGGCCUCUGGCCAUCACCCUGGCCAUCGCCUGGAUCCUUGUGUAUUUCUGUAUCUGGAAGGGUGUUGGCUGGACUGGAAAGGUGGUUUACUUCUCCGCCACUUAUCCGUACAUCAUGCUGAUCAUCCUGUUCUUCCGUGGAGUUACGCUGCCUGGGGCCAAGGAGGGCAUCCUCUUCUACAUCACACCCAACUUCCGCAAGCUGUCUGACUCUGAGGUGUGGCUGGAUGCGGCAACCCAGAUCUUCUUCUCCUACGGACUGGGCCUGGGAUCCCUGAUCGCUCUUGGGAGCUAUAACUCUUUCCACAACAAUGUCUACAGGGACUCCAUCAUUGUCUGCUGUAUCAAUUCCUGCACCAGCAUGUUCGCGGGAUUUGUCAUUUUCUCCAUCGUGGGCUUCAUGGCCCAUGUCACCAAGAGGUCCAUUGCUGAUGUGGCGGCCUCAGGCCCUGGAUUGGCGUUCCUGGCAUACCCGGAGGCGGUGACCCAGCUCCCCAUCUCUCCCCUCUGGGCCAUCCUUUUCUUCUCGAUGCUGCUCAUGCUGGGCAUUGACAGCCAGUUCUGCACCGUGGAGGGCUUUAUCACGGCCCUGGUGGAUGAGUACCCCAGGCUCCUCCGCAACCGCAGGGAGCUCUUCAUUGCGGCUGUCUGCAUCGUCUCCUACCUGAUCGGCCUCUCCAACAUCACCCAGGGGGGCAUCUAUGUCUUCAAACUGUUUGAUUACUACUCUGCUAGUGGCAUGAGUCUGCUCUUCCUCGUGUUCUUCGAAUGUGUCUCCAUUUCCUGGUUUUACGGUGUUAACCGAUUCUAUGACAACAUCCAAGAGAUGGUUGGCUCCAGGCCCUGCAUCUGGUGGAAACUCUGCUGGUCCUUCUUCACCCCAAUCAUUGUAGCGGGUGUGUUCAUUUUCAGUGCUGUGCAGAUGACUCCUCUCACCAUGGGAAACUACGUCUUCCCCAAGUGGGGCCAGGGCGUGGGCUGGCUUAUGGCUCUGUCUUCCAUGGUCCUCAUCCCUGGGUACAUGGCCUACAUGUUCCUCACCUUAAAGGGCUCCCUGAAGCAGCGCAUCCAGGUCAUGAUCCAGCCCAGUGAAGACAUCGUUCGCCCAGAGAACGGUCCGGAGCAGCCCCAGGCCAGCGGCUCAGCCAGCAAAGAGGCCUACAUCUAGGGGUGUCUGGCGGCUUGCCGACCUGACACUCUCACCCCCCAACCUGGCUGAACAUGACCACCACUUGAUGUCUGAAGAUACCGUCUAUCUCAACCUACCUCGAGUGGCGAGUCCAGACACCAUCACCAUGCAAAGAGAGGGGAGGUGGGGGACAGUCACACCCCCGGUGGGCUCAGCCCUGGGCAAAGAACCAGCACCUGCACGCUGGUGACCUUUUGAAUCCGGGCCCCAUAAGCAUCAAGCAAUCAGCCUCUGUGACUGUGCGGUAGAUCAUUUUUAUCCUGCCAGCGAGUGUGAUGCGGUGAGGCCACACACUCGUGGCUUUUAGUCAUAUUGCUGACUGUUCUCUUACUGCCGAAACCCAUGACUCUUAUCUCAGACUUUGCUGGAGUUCGGUUCCGUCGGAACACUGCUCUGAACACAUGAAAAGGGCAUUUUGUAUAAUGGGGAUUUCCAGGGAGAGCUCACUCUUAAGUAGCAGGGAGCCCGCGGAGCUCUGACUUUCAUUUUUUUUUUUUUUUGUUUAU